GUGGCGAGCGCGCGCCUCCCGCGGUUUUCGCAAACUUUUUUUUUUGUAAUGCGCUCCGGGUUCCAGUGUUUUCGUGAUAGUGUUAAUUAAAAAAACUAAAGACUUGGUAGUUUUCUGUUUCGUUUUAAGUAUCGAAAAGACGAUGGCGGUAUUAAGAAAAAUCAACGCUCACUUACAAAAAUGUGUUUAUACCCACAACAUGCGAUGUUUAACCAAAAUUAUGUGACAGACACAGUGAAUAAGUAAGACUAUUAGUUACCCGUUACAUGUAUACGAUAUCUGUGGACGAUGCAUCUAUCGAGUGAAGUUAGUUCGACUACGAACGGUCUGGGACACGAGGCUCCGUCCUCUAGUUAUGGUAGCUUGCCGAGCCAGCCUUUGACUGCUGAGCUAUUGGCUGAGAGGACGCUGGAAGGCUUGUUGGCUGACCACCCGGGAGAGCUUGUGAAGACUGGCAGUCCACAUGUUGUCUGCACAGUACUCCCCCCUCACUGGCGGUCCAACAAAACGUUGCCAGUGGCGUUCAAGGUGGUCGCCCUGGGUGACGUAGGAGAUGGCACCCUCGUCACAGUUAGAGCUGGCAACGACGAGAACUGUUCCGCCGAGCUGAGGAACUGUACUGCUGUUAUGAAAAACCAAGUUGCAAAGUUCAAUGACCUUAGGUUCGUCGGGAGGAGUGGCAGAGGUAAAUCCUUCUCGCUCACAAUAAUGCUGGCCACGUCCCCCCCUCAAGUGGCCACGUACCAGAAGGCGAUCAAGGUCACGGUGGACGGCCCCAGGGAACCCCGCUCCAAGACGCGCCACCAUGGCUUCCAUCCGUUCCACUUUGGGCCCAGAUUUGCCCCUGACCCUCUUAUGGGGUCACUACCUUUUAAAUUAUCAGGUAUAGCACACCAGCUGGCCGGACUCCCGGGUGGGGAGUGGGGUGCGCUCGCUAGACACUACCCCCCACCACUACUGCCGACGCACGCACACUUCACGCCGCACGUGCUGCCGCCGGCGCACGCGCAGCACCACGUCCCACCACCGCCGCAUGAGACAGAUGUGACUUCAGACAACCCAGCAGCUAUGCAUCCGCAUAGCACCACGAGUCCAGCCACGUCUCGUCCGAGCUCUCCACACGACGACGAAGACGAUAUAUCUGUGACUGCAUCAAGCAGCCCGCCGCCUGACGAGCGCCCCGGAGCCUUCACAUCAGUCACCAGGACCAGGAAACCUCUCCAACCCCUUCCAGCACCAUCAAGUCUUUUCCACAGCGCUUUAGCUGCGCAACUCUUCUUAAACUCCCCGCUCCUUCCGACUCCACCAGCAUGGUUGUACUCCCAAUUAUAUAGCGGAUACGAUUGGUGGCUCAGACCUCCUGCACCCCAAGAAGACUCCAGUUCAAGUCCUGACAGAGAAGAGGAGGCUGGAUCAACCGCGUCUAGUUCAAAGAAGAGACCAGCGUCACCCGAGUGGUCGGACCAGGGUGUUAGGACUCGAAGCAAGUCUUUAAUAACAUCCGAAAGACGACCCGUUGAUGUGUGGCGUCCUUACUAGUCAAACAUUCAGUUCUUGAUACAAGAAGUAAUGGAUAAACAAGUAUGCAAAAGUCGAAUACGCAGUCAAAGUUACGCCUUAUUUGUAAUAGUUCCCAAAGAACACAAGAUCAGUUAUAUCUGGUUAACUACAAUACGUACAAGAAAAAUUCUGUAUGCAUUAUUGUUCUUAUGCUUCUCCGACAAUUUUUACAUUUUUUGAGGACUAUUGCAACUUAGGGCCAGCGCCAAUGGACGGAGUGGCGGCAACGUGACUAAUAGCACCAAUAUGAAUUCAACGUUAAAUGAUUCUCCAUACAAUUACAAAGAAAAAAGCAAUGACAAGGAAACUCGAGCAGAAGGGAUUAGAACGUAAUCGACGUCUCUUAUUUUUAAGUCCGACAAACCAAUAUCCCAGCGAGCAGUGCGGUCGCAACCUCUAAGGCUGGUUUCACAGUCCUACUGACUGAUCAAGUACCGACUGCUCAAGCACCUACUGACUGGCAAGCGCGUCACUUAAGCGUGAUGAUUACUAUUACUAUGGGAUUAUCGUAGGUAUGAAAGGAUUAAAGGGACUAGAAUCUCGUUACCCACGACGCAGAAACGCAAUGGCGGCCACAGGACUAUGAAAUUAGCCUUUAAUUGACAGCUCCGUCAGUCGGCACUGACCCUUAAGCUUAAAAUUCGACAGAAAGUGUUAUACAAUGGUCGGCACCUACCGUCCGAUGUGAUGGUGAACCUUAAGAACGCUCAGAACUUACGCUCGCGUAGAACAAAGUUGGAUACGAAUUCGAUAUAGUGAUAAUUGUCGAUAGGUGUUUUUACGUUAGUUAAAUGAAUGUGAAUUCCAAAUUGUAUUUAAAUAAUUGUUGAUUGUAUUAUAAUGCAAGGUCUGUAAAUAAAGUUAUU